UAAGUUUUAGGGAUUUAAAACAUUGUAAACAUCUACAACUUAGUCCAAAUUUUGAUAUUCGUAGGGGUAUACAAGCUUUGAUACAGCUGGGUUUCUUGAACGUUUUUGUUCUCAUGGCUUCUCGUCUUUACUCUUCACUCUCUAAUACUCCUCUUUUUAUCUCAAUUUCCACCCCUUCACCUUCUUCUUCUUCUUGCAGUCGCAAUUUCAAAUUCAAAACUUUUUCCCACCUCAGCCAAUCGUCUGUACACCACCAGGUUACAGAUUCUUCAUCUUCACCCAAAACCAAAAUUUGGGUCAAUCCUAAUGGCGCCAAUUCGAAACCUUUCCGAAACAAACCCUUUAACUCUAGGACCAGUUUUCUCCUUCAACUCGCCGCGUCUUUGGACUCGUGUGAUCCCACUCAGCAACAAGUCUCUGCGAUUCUCAACUCUUUAGGAGACGAUGCCGUCACAGAACGAGACGCCGUGUUCAUUCUUGAUAAGAUGAUCAACCCCAAAACUGCACCCGUUGUUCUUAGAUACCUUAGAGACAAAUUUCAAUAUAAUGAAGUGGUUCUUUACAAUGUCACCCUCAAAGUGUUUAGGAAAUGUAAUGAUUUUGAAGGAGCACGGAAGGUGUUUGAUGAAAUGCUUCGAAGAGGGGUCAAGCCGGAUAACAUUACGUUUACGACUAUGAUUAACUGUGCUAGGAUGUCUGCUAUGCCGGAUAAGGCUGUGGAGUGGUUCGAGAAGAUGCCGGGUUUGGGAUGUGAACCUGAUGCCAUCACGUGCUCAGCUAUGGUGUGUGCGUAUGCAGAAACUAAUCAGGUUGAUUUUGCUCUACGACUGUAUGAUUUUGCAAAAAUAGAGAAAUGGCAUAUUGAUGCAGUGGCAUUCUCAGCCUUGAUUAAAAUGUUUGACUUGUCUGGAAACUAUGAUGGGUGCUUGAAUAUACACUUAGAAAUGAAGAGUCUUGGUGUGAAGCCUAAAGUGGAAACGUAUAACAGUUUGUUGGUUGCCAUGUUGAGAGGUAAGAGGCAUUGGCAAGCCAAGACUAUACAUCAAGAGAUGAUAAGUAAUGGAGUUUUGCCGGAUUUUAUAACUUAUUCAACUCUUUUGCGAGUAUAUACUAGUGCACAAUAUGACGAAGACGCUCUUGGCGUUUAUAAAGAGAUGAAAGGGAAAGGAGUGCAUGUGACUGUAGAUCUCUAUAAUGUGCUUUUAACUAUGUGUGCAAAAGUUGGCUCUAAUGAUGAAGCUCUAGAGAUAUUUGAAGACAUGAAAAGUUCUGGGACUUGCCUUCCUGACAGAUGGACUUUUUCAGCCUUGAGUAAUGUAUAUUCCAACCGUGGGAAAGUUUCCGAGGUGGAAGGGGUGUUGGGUGAAAUGAUCAAAUCGGGUUUCAAACCUGAUAUUUUUGUUUUGGUAUCACUUAUCAAUUGCUAUGGAAAAGCUAAGCAAAUUGACGAGGUUGUGAAUGUAUUUGAUCGAUUCUUGAAACUGGGCAUCAUUCCAGAUGAUCGCUUAUGUGGUUGUCUGCUGAAUGUUAUGACACAAGCACCAAAGGAAGAGCUUGGUAAUCUAAUAAAUUGUGUUGAGAAGGCCAAUACAAAACUCGGGUAUGUGGUAAGAUAUUUGGUGGAAGGGCAAGAUAGUGAUGGGGAUUUCAGAAAGGAUGCCUCAGAACUUAUAAAUUUAAUUGACACUAAAGCAAAGAGACCUAUAUGUAAUUGUCUGAUUGAUCUUUGUGUCAAUCUGAAUCUACCCGACAGAGCGGACACCCUUCUUAGCAUAGGGUUGAUGCAUGGAAUAUAUAGGAGUAUGCAAUCAAGAUCUCAAACAAAGUUGUCUUUGCACCUGAAGAACCUCUCAAUUGGAGCUGCUAUGACUGCAUUUCAUGCUUGGAUAAAUGACUUAUCUAAGGCUUUGGAAUCGGGCGAGAAGUUUCCACCACUACUUGGAAUUAAUACAGGGCGAGGAAAACUUAAGAAUUCAGGCAAGGGUAUAGCUAGUGUAAUUGAAUCACAUUUGAAGGAACUCAAUGUUCCGUUCCUUGGAGAUCCAAAGAAAGCUGGAUGGUUUUUGGUUACAAAGGAAGCAGCCGAAUCAUGGCUGGAAUCCAGGGGUUCAACCUAAUCCAUCGCUGCUUUGGAUUCUAUGGUUUUAAAUGCUCCAUCAAUGGCCCUUCCAUUUUGAAAAUAUUAUAGGGAAUGAUGUGCAGUGUUACUUUCAUGCAUUUUCAAGUUUAGUUCUGACUCCAAUUCUACUCCAGCUAUCUUGGCAUUUUGGUAGGAAAAAGAAUAAGGAUAAUAGGGUGUGAAAGACAGCGGAAGAUGCAAUAUUCUGAUACAUUUCAUUCAAACUAUAAGGAAGUUUCAAUUUUCUGAAAUUUGAAAAGCAGCCCACAUGUAGAUAUCUCACAAAUUCUGAAUCUUCUCAAAGUCCUCUUCCUUCCUCCAAUGAAGCAUACAUUCAUGUAAUUUUUAUUCAUUUAUAAGUCUUUGAUAGUUAUAGUUUCUUGCAGCAGAAUUGAACGUAUUUGGUAGUCAUUGUAAGUUUUCAUGGUUGAAAGAGCAACAGGUGUUAUAUCAAAAUGUCAUCCAAAGUUAUUGAUCCAGAGUGAGGCAAUAUGAAUAAUCAUUCAUGAGUAUGCACUAUCCCCAAGUUCCAUACAAAACCAUUCACAUAAAGAAAACGCUAAAACAGUUCCAUACUUGUAAAUUGGAAGAAUGCAAUUGAGAAGAGUUCAUGGUGAACGAUAGUAAGUACUUU